AAUAAGAGAAUCAGCCAAUCGGAUUCCAAAUUGUUCAUCAGUGUGGUGUUAUGUUAUUUCCCAUGUGUGGAAAUUCUCACUUUUCUCUCUUUCUAAUGACUUGAGCGCUUUAUUUCAUGUGUUUUACGGACAAAAUGGAGCUUUUAGUUGUAUGUGUGGCAUCUCAAACAAGCUAAAACAGCGGGGGUUUUUUGGUUACUCGGUGUGAGCCACACAAACGUACUCAAGGGGCGUCAAGAUGUCCUGGUCGCGGCUCCGAACCUGCCGCUGGUACCUGAACCGGGCGGUCACUCUCGGGGGGUUUCUUUUCCCUACAAAACUACGAAUUCAAGGCCAGCUCGAUUUGGCCUUUCGUCGACGGUGCGGCACCGCGGCUGGAGGAGGCGAGGUACGGGUCAGAUUCGCCCCAAGUCCGACAGGUUUCUUGCACCUCGGAGGCCUCCGCACCGCUCUCUACAAUUACAUCUUCGCCAAGAAGUACGGCGGCUCGUUCAUCCUGCGUCUUGAGGAUACCGAUCAAAGCAGGCUGGUACCGGGGGCAGCCGAGGCCAUAGAGGACAUGCUAGAGUGGGCGGGUAUACCUCCAGAUGAGAGUCCUGGCCGAGGCGGGCCGUUGGGUCCGUACCUGCAGUCAAAAAGAUUGGAACUUUACAAACAAACGGCAUCGGAAAUGUUGGAAAGGGGUCAUGCCUAUCACUGUUUCUGCACCCCCCAGAGGCUGGAGCUCCUCAAAAAAGAAGCCCUGAGGACCGGACAGACCCCCAGGUACGACAACCGCUGUCGACACCUUCGGGCCCAGCAGGUUCAGGAGAAGCUGGUCCGGGGUGCGCCUCAUGUGAUCAGGUUUCGUCUUCAGGAGGGAGUGGAGCCCUUCCAGGAUCUCAUCUUUGGGUGGAAUCGUCACGAGGUGGCGCAGGUGGAGGGCGACCCCGUCGUGAUGAAAGCGGACGGUUUCCCCACCUACCACCUCGCGAACAUCGUGGACGACCACUACAUGGGGAUCAGCCACGUACUGCGGGGCUCCGAGUGGCUGAUCUCCACCUCCAAGCACCUCCUCAUGUACCGCGCCCUCGAUUGGCAGCCGCCCGCCUUCGGCCACCUGCCGCUGCUGACCAACAAGGACGGCAGCAAACUGUCCAAGAGGCAGGGGGACAUAUUCAUCCAAAGAUUCCAGAAAGACGGCGUCCUGCCGGAGGCUCUGCUGGACAUCACCACCAACUGCGGCUCGGGAUUCAGCACCAACCGAGUCGGACGGACGAUAGAUGAGCUGAUUUCCGAGUUUAACCCCGCGAAGAUCACGACGCACUCUGCUCUCCUCGACCUUGAAAAACUUCCAGAAUUCAACAGAAUCCACCUGCAGCAUCGUAUCGAAGACGAGCGACAGUGCAAUCUUCUGAUAAAGGAUCUGCAGCGACAAAUCCGAGAGGCCUACCGGGGCGAGAUCCAGGAUGAAGAUGUCCUGCACGAGGAUUAUAUCAGGCGGGUGCUGGACUUACGGAAGGGUCACCUGUGCUAUCUGCAGGAGCUUGUGACUCCCUCUUACUUGUACCUCUGGGCGCGUCCUACCUUCUCCAGCCAACAGGUGGCGGCACUCUCCACCGAGUCCCGGCACGUCGCCACGCUGGCCCUCAAAUUAGCGGAGGAAAUGGGAGAGGGGGCAGCUGUCGAUCAACUGAGCAAAGAUUUAAAGACGCUGGCUAAGCAAACCAAAGAGACCAAAUACAGAGAUGUGAUGAAGCUCUUGCGACUGACUCUUAGCGGACUCCACCAAGGACCCAGUGUCGCAGAGAUGAUGGUAGCUUUGGGGCCCGCGGAGACCGUCCAUCGGUUCCGGAAACUUCUUCUGCUGGAUGAGACCAGUUAGCCAGAACCAACCACGACAACGACAACGUCCUCUAGUCCAGGAUGAAGCCUCCAUGUAGGAGUUUACAAAUGACACAAACAAAAUGAACUGCUGGGAAAAGUAAUAAAGUUCUUAAUUAUUCACA